CAUUAAUGGAAGCACAGCUUUGUGAUCAAACAAGUGGAAGGUGGAGAAGGAAGAAGGUCAAUGGAUCACGCUUGACCAUUGUCCUCAUCAACCCAAUGAUCUUAGCCCCAUCAUUUUGAUUCAAUCCUUCAGUUGUUGUUUCUCUAUCUGAGCAUCAGCCAUGGCUACCAUUUUGGUCACUGGUGGAGCUGGAUACAUCGGCUCCCACACCGUUCUUCAGCUUCUUCUCGGCGGCUACAAGGCCGUCGUCGUCGAUAACUUGGAUAAUUCCUCCGAGAUUGCUAUUCGGAGAGUCAAAGAUCUGGCUGGGGAUUCGGGGAAGAACCUCACAUUUCACAAGCUUGAUUUGAGGGAUAAACCAGCUCUUGAGAAGGUUUUCGCUUCGACAAAAUUCGAUGCUGUCAUCCACUUUGCUGGACUUAAAGCAGUUGGCGAGAGUGUCCAAAAGCCACUGCUCUACUACGAUAACAACAUAAUUGGAACAGUUGUCCUGUUUGAAGUUAUGGCUUCUCAUGGGUGCAAAAAGCUUGUGUUUUCAUCAUCAGCUACAGUCUAUGGUUGGCCAAAGAAAGUCCCUUGCACUGAAGAGUUCCCUUUAUCUGCAACAAACCCUUAUGGACGAACUAAGCUAUUUAUCGAAGAAAUAUGCCGUGAUAUUUAUCGAUCAGAUUCAGAAUGGAAAAUCGUAUUGCUUAGAUACUUCAAUCCAGUAGGUGCUCAUCCCAGUGGAGACAUUGGCGAAGACCCCCGUGGAAUUCCCAACAACUUGAUGCCCUUUGUGCAACAAGUUGCUGUUGGCAGACGGCCAGCCUUGACAGUUUUCGGAACUGACUACUCUACCAAGGAUGGAACAGGGGUUCGUGAUUACAUUCAUGUCGUUGAUUUAGCUGAUGGGCAUAUUGCUGCAUUGCGCAAAGUGGAUGAUCCCAGCAUAGGCUGCGAGGUUUACAAUUUGGGAACUGGAAAGGGUACUUCAGUUUUGGAGAUGGUUUCAGCAUUUGAGAAGGCAUCUGGAAAGAAAAUUUCCCUUGUGAUGGCGGAGCGACGACCGGGAGAUGCCGAAGUCGUAUAUGCCGAAACAGAGAAGGCAGAGAAGGAGCUGAAGUGGAAGGCAAAGUAUGGAAUUGAAGAAAUGUGCAGAGAUCAGUGGAACUGGGCAAGCAAAAAUCCUUAUGGCUAUGAAGCUUCAGCCCCCAAAAACUGAGAGACCAAAUUUCCACUUUAGAUUAUUCUAAAUGUCCUUUUCUUUUUGGCCAUUUUGAUGCCCCCUCUGAGUUUGAAUAAGCGGAACCCGAUCGAUCCCUCCAUUGCAGUGUUUUAAACACUUGAUACUUUUGGUCCUCUUUUGAGUCGGAAAUGUUCAUCUUCCACGAGAUUAUUAGUAUUUGUUUGUUUCUCUUUA